AUGGCGACCCAGUCUUCAGCUACAACAGUGAGGCAGUGCCACAAUGGGACCAUAUGGAACGGAAAAGAGUGUGUCUGUGCCCAAGGCUUCUUUGGUUACCAGUGCAAGUCCCUUGUGGACUCAUUCUUCAUCGAAAUCCCGGAAAAAAUCAAUGCCACUUUAGGUGUGACAGUGAAAGUGACUAAUAGGAAUUUCACAAAAGACCUGAAUAACAUAUCCUCCCCAGUCUACCGGAAUUUCACUCAACUAUUCAAGAGUCAGAUGGAUAAAGCUUAUAUGGGCAAAGACUUUCCCCAGUACAGAGGCGUGAUCAUUAGGAGACUGUUCAAUGGCAGUGUUGUGGUGGAACAUGAUGUUGUCAUGGAGACAAACUACACUUCAGAUUUUCAGAAACUGUUUGAAAACCUCAUUGAAAUCAUAACGGUCAAGAUUAUGAAUGAGACCAAAAGGCUACCUGGUGAUUCGGAAGAGUGCAGAGCAGCCUCCUUACAUCUGUGCUACAAUGAGGAAGCCACCAUUGUGAACAAGACUGUGAAGCUGGACUUUGACCUGCAGGAGCAAUGCACCCAGAAGGCUGCAAAGGACUAUGCCCAGUUCUACUAUGUGGAUGAACUGGAUGGGAAGCUGGCCUGUGUGACCAAGUGCACUUCUGGGACUAAGUCGCAACUGAACUGUCAUGAGGGUGAAUGCCAGUUGCAACGAAGUGGCCCCCGCUGUUUAUGCCCGACCUCAGACACGCACUGGUACUGGGGAGAGACUUGUGCAUUGAGAACCAGCAAGAGCCUGGUGUAUGGGAGUGUGGGGGCUGUGGGAGCACUGCUGGUGGUCAUGGUGGUGGUCCUGAUCGUCCUCCUCGGCCGAUCCCAGAGAAAACUGCACAGGCAAGAAUACAAACUGUCUUGGGAGUGGCAAGGAGAAGACAUUCCUGGCAGCUUCCAGAACACAGGCAUCUGGGAAGAUGAGAAUCUGAAGGAGGACAGAUUCAGCCUUGAAAACAUCUAUGACCAUUUCCAGCCCUCCCUGGAGAACGUGGAUCCCACCAUGGAGUUCCACAUCCAGAGGCCCAGGGUGGUGACCACUGUUCAGUGA